AUGACCCAAAUAGGAACUGGUUGUGCAACGAAGAUUCACCGAUAUGACGAUGAUGAGUUUCCAAUCAUAGACUACCACGGCCGUCUUACUUUUCGGUGUGCCUUUUCGACCGGGUUCCAAUAUGCUAAUGGAAGCCCCCCUGCUCUCUUACACACCACCCAUAUAUCUCGAAAGAUAGCACUCAAAUCCUAUCAGUCUUGCUUCUCCUCCUUCCUAAAACGACCUAUUUACUACAAUUCCGAGAAAGAUCUUGUUUAUAUCAAUAGAUUGAACAAUGCGAAAAGGGAUAUCACUCAUGGAAAGAAUCCUUUCGAAAGGGCAUCUGAAGAGGACAAGAAGCGGAUUAUCCACUUGGCUUUCAAUUAUGAUAACCUGCACAUGGAUUCAAACCCCUGGCUCGAAUCUUUCACCAGAUAUUUGGUCCAGCAUUUGGGAAAUUUUCGCUUGAUAACUUUUCUUCUGCGUAAAUCAGCGAUCAAGAAUUUGCAAGACAACAAGGCUCACGAGGAUGGGAUAUUCGUUUUGAACGACAAAGUCCUGGAUAGAGUCAGCAGCCACUUUGAUAGUCCAGGCGGACAUGUCGAUGGUGACCUCACGGUUGCAGAUAAUGGUAAUGAUAGCGACGACAAAAUUCCGAGCUAUGGCAGCGAGACUGACUUUGAAGAUUUCUGCCUUCAUACUGCUACGGCAUAUCGUGAGUAUAAUGGUCUAGAGGAGACGUCAGAAGAACCACAGAGAGAUUGGAAAUUGGCAAGGUGGGAAUGGUGGAAGCCUAUAUGGGAUGAAUUUCUCAUUGAAAGGGAUGAACGUCCAGUUUUUGGCGAUGUUGCUUUUCCAGAAGAAGAGCUUCUACAUAAUCCUGAUUGGACGGUUCCCCGUGUGUAG